UUUGGUUUUUUCUUUCCUGCUGUCUUCUUCAAAACAUUCGAAAGCAAAAACAUUCGAAUCAUCAAAACAUUCGAAUCAUCCAAAAACAUUCGAAAUCCAAAAACAUUCGAAUCGAACAUGACUGAUGUAUUUAGUUGGGGUGAUAGUUCACCUGAAGAUCCAUUUGAUGAUGAUUCAUGGAUGUCUGAACCGGAAUCAAUUUGUAAUAAUUGGCGUGGAUGGAAAAGAACAACAACAACAAAUGAUAAUUCAUUAAAUAUACAUCAUAUUGGUUAUAAUAAUGGUUCGAUGGCCUCAACAUCAACAACAACAACAACAACAAAUCAUGGCCAUCAAAAUAGAUAUCAUCAUCAUCAUCAUCUACAUCUACCAUCAAACAGUAGUGGAAUUACAACAAAUAGACAAGAACAACAACAAACAACAUCAUCGACAACGAAUGAAACAAUACGUCGAACUCAAUUUAAUUUACCUCAACAAACAUCAUCAUCAUCAUCAUCAUAUUUAAAUAAUAUUAAUAAUCGUUCUGGUGAUAAUAAUAAUAAUAAUAAUAAUGGUUCAUCAACAACAACAACAAAUAAUCCAAAUCAAUUUGUUCAAUCGGCUUCCGCUUCAUCAACAUCAAGAAAUCAUUUGACACCAGCAUUUGCAACAUCAUCAUCAUUAUCAACAAAUCAAUCAGAAAAUUUUUUAAUUAAUCCAAAUAAUAAUGAUUAUAAUAGAAUUUCAGGAAUCGAUCAACAACAAAUACCACCAUGCUGUAUGAUGGGCAUAAAUAUACCACCAACAUUAACAGAAUUAGCAGCACGUUCAGUUGCAUAUCAUAUAUCAUUUGAAAUUGUUGAACGUGUUUGUAGUCCAUUACCUGAACAAUUACAAUUACGUAUUGCAUAUUGGAGUUUUCCCGAUAAUGAAGAAGAUAUACGAUUAUAUUCUUGUUUAGCUAAUGGUUCGGCUGAUGAAUUUCAAAAAGGUGAAACAAUGUAUCGUUUUGGUUCGGUACAUUGUGUUUUACAAAUUGGUUUUCAUCUUAGUGCUACAGUUUUAACAUCAACAAAACCAUGUACAGUUGCUGUUACAUUUGAUCGUUGUCGUAUUACAUCAUGUAAUUGUACAUGUACAUCACAAUCAUCAUGGUGUUCACAUGUUGUUGCUGUUUGUCUUUAUCGUAUUUAUCAGCCAAAUAAAGUAAGAUUACGUGCACCAGUUUCCGAAUCAUUAACACGUUUAUCACGUGAUCAAUUACAAAAAUUUGCUCAGUAUCUAAUAUCAAAAUCUCCACAAUCGAUUCUUCCUAUUGCUCAAAGUUUAUUGGAUGAUUUAUUAUUGAAUGAAAAUAGUAAUAUUAAUAAAGUACGUGGUGCACCUGAUCCAACUGCUGGUGCACCAGCAAAUGAACAAACUAAAUGGUGUUUAGAUGAAUUUCAAUUACAUGAAAAUAUACGAAAAAUUGUUAUAAAACUUUGUAUACCAUCACCAAUGGUUUAUUCGGAUGUAAAUUAUUUAUCAUCAACAGCACCACCUGCUGCAUCCGAAUGGUCAUCAUUAUUACGACCAUUACGUGGACGUGAACCAGAAGGUCUUUGGAAUCUUUUGUCUAUUGUAAGAGAAAUGUUACGUCGUCAUGAUCGUAAUGCUAUACCAUUAUUACGAAUUUUAACUGAAGAAUUAUUAAGCUGUGAUCAAAUAUUGAUUUGGUGGUUUAGUACUAAUGUUUCAUUAAAUCGUGGUUGUCCUCCAAAUAGUUUUUCCAACAAUAACAAUCAUCAUAAUGGUGGUGGUGGUACAAAUCAUAAUCAUAAUGGAGGUGGUAAUGGUAAUUCAAAUUCAAACAAUAAUAAUAAUAAUCGUUCAAUGCAUUCAAAUAUUUAUGCAUCACAACAUGCUUGUUGUUCAUUAUGUGAUGAAAUUGUUGUAUUAUGGCGUUUAAUAGCAUUAAAUCCAGCACAUUCAUUUUUAGAUACACAUACAUUAUAUGUACAAUUGAAAGAAUAUCAUUUAAAAACAUUAUCAGUUAUUUAUCGUUUAAAACCAUCUAGUGCUAUUUGUUAUAGUAAUCCUUAUCAUUUUAAUCGUUCAUCAUUUCGUUCAUUAUCAUCAUCUACAAAUACAACAACAACAAAUAAUAAUAAUUUAAAUUCAGAAAAAUUCAAUGAUUUAACAAUAUUUUCUGGCUUUAAACCGGCUAUGAUUAGUUGUUUAAUUAAUUGGGAUAAUUAUCCAAUACCUGGUAUUACUAAUCAGAAAAAAAUACAUUGUUAUUAUGAUCCAUAUUUACAUGGAUUACAUGGUCAAUUAAAUUCAACAACAAUUAAUCAUUCAAUAACAAGUACAUUACAUUUUAAUGAUUCAAUGAUUGGUAGUUCAUGGCCAACAACAACAUCUAAUGAUAAUAAUAAUAAUAAUGGUAAAUCUCCAUCAACAUUGAAUUGUCAACAACAACAAAAUCAUCAAUCAGAUCAAUUUAGUGAUACAAAUAGUAGUGGUGGCGGUGGUGGUGGUGGUGAUAAUCGAAAAUCAAGAAAAACAAAUAAAAAUAGAAAAUCCCAUCAGCAACAAAAACAACAACAAAAAGAUAAAGAUUGUGAAGAAUCAGAUGAUUCUGGUAAUCAAGAUAUUUGUUGGGAAAGAUAUUCAGUUGCAAGUAGUGUUGAUAAUGAUAAUGAUGAUGGUGAUAAAUUAGAUGAACCAAUACCUGGACCAUCAGGUUUACAGCAACAACAACAACAACAACAACAUUCAUCAAAUGAUCAAGAACAACAACAAGCUGAAGAAUCGAAUGAUAAUAAUAUUGUUCAACAACAAAAACAAAUUUCAAAUAAUAAUGAUGAUGAUUAUCAAAUUUAUAUUUAUAAUAAUAAUAAUAAUAAUAAAGAUGAUAAUCAUCAACAAGAAAUAUGUCAAAAUUCAUCAAUAGAUGAUUAUGAAUGGGAUCCAAUAUUAUUACAAGCAACAAAAAUAAAAUCAAUAAAUGAUUCAUUUGAAAUAUUAUUUGCAAGAGCUGAAGCAUUAUAUGCACAUGGUUAUGUUGAUGAAGCAUGUCGUUUAUCAAAAUGUUUAGCUAAAGAAUUAUUAGCUAAUCCACCUGAUUUAAAAUUAGAUUUAAAUAAUCAAAAUCAAAAUGGUGAACUAAAUCAAUCAACAACAACAACAGCAAAUAAUCAAUCAGGAAGAAAUCAUACAAAACGUAUGAAUCGUAUACGAUUUAAUCCAAUUUUACAUCAAAUAUCAUUAUUAUCAUCAUCAACAUUAUCAAAAGCAGCAUUUUUAUGUCAAGUUUUAUCGGAAAAUCAAGAAACACAUUUAUUAGCAUUUCAAAUUGGUUUGUUUGGUUUAGAAUUAAUUCGACCACCAGCAUCAACAAAAGCAUUAGAAGUAAAAUUAGCACAUCAAGAACAAGAAUUAGUAAAUUUAUUGAAAAAAAUUCCAUUAUGUUCAAAUGCAUUAAAUGUUUUACGUGAAAAAGCUGAACAAUUACGUGAUGGUCGUUUAACAACACGUGGUGAAGCAUUAUUACCAUUAUCAUUAGCUAGUUAUUUAUUUGAUGCAUUUCUUUCAUCAAAUCAAAUUAUACCUGGACAAUAUCGUUUACCAACGGAUGAACGAUUAUUAUUUGAUGCAACUGUUGCUGCGAUUGGUUUGAAAGCAAAAGUUUCGGAAGCUGAACAUCCAUUACUUUGUGAAGGAACUAGAAGACAACGUGGUGAUUUAGCAUUACAAUUAUUAGUACAUUAUAAAGAUAAUAAACAACGUUUAGAUUUAAUAAUGGAAAAAUUAUUAGAUCUUGAAAUACAUCCAAUUUUUAAUAGUAGUAAAAAACAACAACAACAACAAUCUUUGAAUAAUGUAAAUUCAAAAUCUACAUCAUCAUCAUCGAAUGUUCAAAAAUCAACCAUAGAAUCAACAGCAACGAUUAUUGAUCCUAUACCAUCAUCAUCAUCUACAAAAGAUUCAACACCGAAACAAACUACCUCAAAAAUCAUAACUGAAAAUGAUGAUAAUAAUAAUGAUGAUCAACAACAACAACAAUCAUCGUCAACCGAAUGGAAUAUGGUUGAUGAAUUUGAAAAAUUUAAUAUAAAAUCAACUCCAACUGCAAAACCAAAUGAUUGUAGUACAACAUCAUCGGAUAAUAAUUCACCAACAAUAAUACGAAGAACAUUAUUUCAUAAAUCAAAUUCUGGUUCUGAUAGUAGUAGUAGUAGUAGUAGUGGUAGUGGAAAUGAAACAAGUAGUAGUCAAACAAGUGAAACAAGUAGUAAUGAUUCUUUAUCAACAAAUUCUGAUUGUAAAAAAUCUAAUAAUAAUCCGAAUCAAAUCAAUAAUUCUAAUGAUGAUAAUACAAAAAUUACCAUUACUGCUACUGAUGGUAAUAAUGAUGAUGAUAAUUCAAAAUGUUCUUCAAUCGAUCCAAAAGCUGGACCAUCAUCAUCAUCAUCAUCAAAAAAGAUUUUGGAUUCAAAUUCUUCUGGUGGUGGUUCAUCGAUUCUUGUAACUCCUGGUCCUACAUUAUCAACAUCAUCAUCAUCGCAACCAUCAACAACAACACCAUCAACUUGUUCACAACAGCCAACAACAUAUCAAUUAUCAUCAUCAGGUUCUCAACAACAACAACAACAAUAUCAUCAUUUAUCAACAACGGCAGGACCAUCAUCAUCCACAACAAAUGGUUUACAAUCAUUAAAACCAUUACGUUAUAAAGGUAAACGUCAUUAUCCAAUAAUACCAAAUCAACCAUCAGAAGCAUCAGCACAUUUUAUGUUUGAAUUAGCUAAAACAUUAUUAGCUAAAGCUGGUGGUAAUAAUACAACAGUAUUAUUUACACAACCACCAUCAUCACAAAAUUGUCGUUCACCACAUCGUUUAUUACAUAUGUGUGCAUUUCAAAUUGGUUUAUAUGCACUUGGAUUACAUAAUGCUGUUUCACCAAAUUGGUUAUCAAGAACUUAUUCAUCACAUGUAUCAUGGAUAACAUGUCAAGCAAUGGAAAUUGGUCAUCAAGCUAUUGAAUUUUUAAUCGAUACAUGGGAAGGACAUUUAACACCAUCGGAAGUAGCAUCAUUAGCUGAUCGUGCAUCACGUUCACAAGAAUCAUUAAUGAUAAAAGCAGCAGGUGAAUUAGCAUUAUCAUGUUUACCACAUGCACAUGCAUUAACACCAAGUGAAAUUCAACGUGCAUUAAUACAAUGUAAAGAACAAAAUAAACAAAUGCUUGAACGUGCUAUUUUAUCUGUUGAACAAGCUGCACAAGGUGGUGGUGUUUAUCCAGAAGUAUUAUUUGAUGUUGCAAGAAAAUGGUUUCAAUUAUAUAUUGAUGAAAAAGCUAUUCAAAUUUUUAAAACUAAACAAGAAAUGAAUAUUAAUAAUAACGAUACAAAUAAUAAUGAUAAUAAUGGUGAUAAUAAUAAUGAUGAUGUAGAUGAUGAAUAUUGUACAUUAGAUAAUAAUGAUCUACAAUCAUCAUCAUCAAUUAAUUUACAAACAUCAACAACAACAACAACGACAAACACAAAUUUUGAUCCAUCAAGACCGGAUAUUUUACAUAUUUGUAAAGCAAAACAAGAAUUUUUUGAUUCUAUUGAUCUAUAUAAACAAAGACGUGAUUUAUUUAGAAUUCCUGAACCAGAAAAUAUUAUGUCAUCUCCUUCAAGAUAUUAUCCUAUGCAUUAUUAUCAUUUUAAUAAUAAUAAUAAUAAUAAUCCAAUGAUUGAUCAAUCUGCUUAUUAUUAUCAUAAUCAUAAUCAUCAUCAUCAUCAUUAUCAAUCAUCACCGGCAACAUCAUUAUUUCCAAAUGGACAGAAUAUUUAUUCAUCUAUUCCGGAUAUGAAUAAUCCAUAUUUAUUUUAUAAUCCUUCUCAACAACAACAACAACUUAAUAAUAAUAAUAAUGUUCAACAAUCUAAUCCGAUGGCUAAUUAUUAUCAACCAAAUCCAGCUAUUUUAUAUGAUGCACAACGUGGUUAUCAUCAAAAUCCAUCUUCAUCAUCAACAUAUCAAACAACAUUAAUUGGUCAAAAUUAUAAUCCAAUACAACAACAACAACAAUGUAAUAAUAAUAACAACAAUCGUGCUCAAUAUUAUCCAUUAUUAUCGAAUACACCAUUACUUUCAUCACCGAUUGUUGUUAAUUCUUCUUCAUCAUCUUCUUCUUCUUCGGGAUUGACUUCAAUUAAUCCGGUUAAUAAUGGUACAAAUCAAGGAUCUUCUAAUAUUGGUAGUAAUGGUAUUAAUGUUGGUGUUGGAUCAUCAUCAAUGUUUCAAUCAAAUGGAAAUUAUUUCUAUCCAAUUGCUAAUAAUUCACAACAACAACAACAACAACAGCCUUUGCCAUUCAAUAUACCACCACCACCACCACCAUCAUUACAUUACAUUACUCCAGCUGGUAAUAUUUUACCAUAUCCAUUUAUAUCAUCAUUUACUCCAAUACAAAGAUUUAUGCCACCAAAUUUAAUGGCUUCACAAGAAAAUAUGCGACAAAAUUUUAAAGUUUUUGUUGAUCAUCUGGCUCAAUAUCAGCCAUCAUCAUCGUCAUCAUCAUCAUCAUCAUCAACCAACACUAACACUAAUACUAACAUUACAAAUGGUAAUACAUCUUCUAAUCAAAUGAAUGGAAUUCCGAUUCAUAAUCAUUCAAAUCAUCAUCAUCAUCAUCAUCAUUCAGUUGGUCAACAACAACAACAACAACAAACAAAUAAUUUAUGUCCAAAAGAAUUAACUUAUUUACAUGCAGCAUAUCGUGUCGGUAUGUUAGCAAUGGAAGCAUUAGCACGUCGUGUUAAUGAUGAUAGACCACAAGCAAAAUAUGCUCGUAAUCCAUCUUAUGGUGAAGAUGUUCGAUGGCUUUUGUCGAUUGCUAAAAAACUUGGUACUCAAUAUGUUCAAGAAUAUUGUCUAUGUGCAUUAUCAGCAAUUUCAUCACCAUUCGUAUUGAAAGAUAUUAUAUUCGAUUCUAAUAUUUGGAUUUAUGGAAAUCAAUACAAUAAUACAGCCUAUGUACAUACAAUACGAUCACAUAUAAUAACACCGCUUAUACAUAAAUGUCAAAUGAUGUUUACAUCGGGUAUCUAUUUUCAAUUAAUGAAUAUUGCAUCAAGUGAUUAUGAUGAAUUUAUUAGUACAUUACGUACAGCACGAUCAGUUUUUCAAUUAAUACCUGGUGGUAAUUUACAAUUUAAUGAUCUUUUACAUAAAUUAAAACGAACAAAAAGUUGUAAAAAAGAAUUAUGGCAACAGAUUACCAAAGCAUUGUUAAUAACAUGAUUGAUAUAAAAACAUAUAAUAAUUUCAGAUUGUAAUUCAGAUUUGUAAUUAAUUUUUUUUCGCGAGUUUUUCGAAAAAAAACUCUUAUAGGAAACUCUUAUGAUAUUAUAUUCGUGAUACAAUUCAUUACAAAUACAAAACUUAAUAUAAAAUAGAUGAAUAGAAUUCAAUUCAAUUU